CAUUCUGUGGCUAUAGAACUUGAUAUUCAGAUGCAAUGAUGGGGAACUGAUGGGUUAAAAAUUACAUCUUUUUUUAUCUUUAUCACACUUUGCCCGAACUCGAGGAAUGUUGCCAAUAUUGGGAGAGGUAGAAUAUCAGACCUAACAUCAGGACAGCAGCUAUCACUUUGGUCUAUUGAUUGUUAAACAAGAAUUGCCAGUUACCUGGCAAUCAAGUGGGCCAUGUGGCGUGCAUUUGCACCCUUCAUCUAUUAUGUUUCUGCUGACAUCAGGGUCGUGUAUUAUUUUUCUGAUAGUACUCCACUUUGAGAUGUGAUAGAAUUAGUGCCUCAUAUGGAAAAACAUUCCUAAUGGAAAAUGCUCACACUGUGAAAAGGGGUGUAUGUGCUCUCAGGGAAAGGCAAAGUGCUUUGGAGGAAGAUAUAUAGCGAUUCUAAUGGGAAGCAAUAGGGAAGCAAGUUUAUGUAGCAGUUUUAAGGAAGGAAAAACACAAGGAAGAAAAAGCAGUUAAUGUUGCCACUGGGACCUGUGUGAUCUUGCCUUAAACACAUAUUUUGGCACCUCAAACCAUACUAUUCUAACAGUAGCCCGGAGAUCCAAAACGCUGUUCUAUUGACUGAAAACUUGACCCCAGCUUACGAGAGACGCCAAGACAAGAUUCUGUAAGACGGAUUUUAUCUAGGUUUACUGAACAUGUCCUGAGCUAAUCUAAGAUUGUAUGCUGUACCGAAUACAUUUGUUUAAUGGAAGGUUUAUGUGUCAUAUAUUAAGGUCUGUUUCUAGACUUUGUUUAAGUGCUACACCUUUAUUUGAUGACAUAACAGAGACGGUUUUAUUGAAACCUUUUUUUUAAGAUACUUAAGGCAACUGAUUUUCACUGGUUGAGUGAAUCUCGUCACUAGGCAGAUAUCUCAAGAUUUUUUUACAUACUCUGAAUAAGGAUUAAUUAAUCAUAACAGUUCCAGGAAACAUUCUCGUCAAGCAAUUUAUCAUAAUUUAUCAUCAACUCCUUACAUGUUAUUUGGAAACAAUUCAGCAAACAACUGGUAAUUUGAUAUUGUUAUAUGCCAAGAAAUUUCCAUGUGCCAAGGUUUUCUACUUUGACCUCAAGAGAAAAAACAAGAAAGCAUUGGAAACCAUUAGUUGAGAGAGCUGUGGAAUGCUUCACUCUCUGACUGUAGAGCAACAUGAAUUUAAACUUUGCACUAAAGUUAAUGGAUUUACUAAUGAAAUUUGUGUAUGAUCAAGAAGACAGCCAUGGAAAGAAAGAAAGAUAAAAUGUUAUCAGUAAGCUAUUAAUAUGAGUUUGACUGGGUCAUCUAGUUCAACUUCUGCUUCGGAGGAAGAAAGUACCAUGGUUUCAGAGAAUGGCUCUGAUCAGCUGGAAGAGAAGCAGACGACAUCUGAAACUGACACAUGCAGUAGUUUUCUGCCAGAACUAGCCUCAAAUGAUAGUAAUGGAGGUGCAAGAAAGAAUAGUAAAAGGAAAAGGAAACCGAGAGUAAAGUUUACUGGGAUAGUUACACAACUUAAAAAGAGAGAGGAGGAGAAAGAUGUCAGACGAACUUUCAACCAAGAUGAGAAUCUCAAGUUGGAGCAGAAGUUCAAGCUUCAGCACCUUCACCAGUUGAUGAGAUUUUUUCAAAACCAUGACCCUCCCCCUAUCACAGUGGAGUCUAACUCUCCCUAUAGACCUACCACCUACGAGAUCAGAGAGCCUGGGGCACUAAAUGUGGAAGAAUUCAAGGAGGCCAUUGGAAAUACACUGCAGACCAGAGAAUAUGAUGACCAGUUGGAAAAAUUAUUUAGCAAACUUGACACCUCAGCAGAUGGCUAUGUUGACUGGGAAGAGUUUGCCACAUACAUGCUGCUUAAAUACAGAGAAAAUGAUUAUCUUAGAACCAAGAAGCUCAUCCCAUUUUUGGUCGACCCAAAGAUUCGCCAUAUCUUGCAUAACAGGCAAGAACCAACAUGCAGAAUAGUAGCAGUAGAGAACCCUGUCAGAUUUGUAACCAUUAGCAAGGAGGGCGCAAUCAGUGUGUGGACACCCAACCUGUCUCUGGCGGGCACACAUACCAUGACACAAGAAGAGCCAUCUGCUGGUGGACAGAAACGCCGCUUUAGCAUGUGGGUCACAGAUGCUGCAUACAUGCCAAACUCCAAUAAAAUUGCAAUAGCAUCAACUUCCAGAGAUCUGAGGUUUUAUGACACAUCAACGUCAAAAUAUUUUGAAGAGUUUCAUUUAUAUUCAAUACCAGAUGUACCCUACUGUUUGACAUACUGGUUUGAUAGAAAAAAUCCCAGUGGUGAUUCCUUGCUGAUUGCUGGCAUGGACAGUGGCUCCAUCUAUUUGUUUUACUUUAAAAAACCCAUCACACAGCUGUUUGAAACACCAUUCCAACACACCACUUCUGAAGGAGUUACUAAGAUAUUCUUUAAGGAUCUCAUGUUCCACUCUAAGUGUGUUUGUCUAGAGGUGAUAGAAGACAUCCAUCCUGACAUCAUUCGUAAAGUAAUGUAUCUCCCAGACAAUGAUGGUAUCAUCUCUUCUAGUGCUAGCCCCAGGAACUCUAUAGUCAUCAUGGACAUACAGAAAAAGAAGAGGCCAUAUGUUUUCAAAAUGAAUAAGGGCGCUGAAUGUUUUGACCACAACAAGACCCUGAACAUCCUGGUGACUGGCAGUGCUGAUCACGUCCUGAGGGUGUGGAAUCCCUAUGUAGUCAGUAAACCAGUGGCCAUACUGCAGGGACAUGCUACUGGGGUCAUUGAUGUGGUCAUACAUGAAGAGCUGGUGCAGUUCUUCAGUUAUUCAAGAGAUGCUGUGGUGAAGGUGUGGGAUCUAAAAGAGCACACCUGUCUGCAGACUGUGGUCAUGAAGUUCCCCAGCACAGUACAUGGGCGUAUCCCAGAGCAUGGUCCCUUUCCCCUCCGUCUCCAGCACCCCCCUCACCACGCCCUCGUGGUCAGCUGUAAUGACUACAUAGGAGUGCUGAGGCUGGGUCAGUCGUAUAACGAGAGGACUAACUACCCCACCACACAUAAGACACAGCUGUGUUGUGCAAUAUAUAAUACCUUCUAUAAACAGGUUGUGACAGGUUCUGAUGACUCUACCAUAGCUACCUGGGAUAUAGACACAGGCAGCAAGGCUCUAAUGCUAAGUAAUGCACACGGUGAGGAAGAGAUAACAUCGAUGGUGUUUGAUGGACAGAUGAGAAGGCUAAUUACUGGAGCAAGAAAUGGAACUAUCAAGGUAUGGAACUUCCAAAAUGGCCACAACCUGCACAAACUGGAGGCAGUAGCAGAGGCAGAGGUGACAGGCAUUGUUCCUUUCAGUGACAAGAGGAUCAUUUUGGCAGUGGGCUGGAGUAGGCUGAUAACUCUGUAUGAUGACUCUCAUGCUGAUAACACCUACAUUAAGGCAGAAACUAACUGGAAAGGUGGUCAAGUCCACAAAGAAGACAUCCUCUCAGUGGAUUACUGCCCACCAAACUUGCUGGCCACUGGGACAUUUGAUGGAGAGAUAGUGGUCUGGAGCACUGACACAGACAAACUGUUUCUCAGGCUAAGAAAGGGACAGCCUGUCAAAAUUGACAAGAGAAUGCAAGAGUUUGACAUCAGUCCAGACCCAGAGCGGCCACCAAGCAGACCAAACUCAAGACAUAGAAAAUCACACAAACCUGCCAAAGGGCAAGCAGCCCCAGUGGAUAAGCUGCUAUUCCUCCACAAUCGUGCUCAUGGCAAAUACCUGGACUGUGCCUUUCUUAUCUCCAGUGAGGCGGGUGUUCUCAGGUGGUGGAGCAUAUACAAUAAGAAACAUGAAUUUGGUUCAUUCUACGCGUCAGACUUUCCUGAUGAGUCUGUUUUGGGGAUGUGCUCAGAUCCAGAUAGCAGUAUUCUGGUGACAGGGGACACCCAGGGACAUGUGUCUGUCUGGGACAUCUCAGAGUACUGCCUGAAGGCUGAGGAGAGGCGAAUCAGGCAUAGACCCCCGCUAUUGGCUGGCUGGAGAGCACAUGACUCGGCCAUUGUUAGCACAGAGUAUGUGGAGUAUUCAAGUGACCUCCAUUUUAUUCUGACAGCAUCCACUGACAGGACAGCUAGGCUCUGGAAUCUGGAUGGUCAUUAUGUUGGAACAUUUGGACAGAAACAGCAGUGGAAUUUAGACGAUCCCUCUACAUGGGCACACCCCAAGACCCCCUGGACAGUGGAGGAAGAUGAGUUCAAACUAAAUUUAAGCAAUGGAGGAGAAGAAGAAAAGAGUCCCAAAAUGCCAAAUAUCUCAGAAUCAGCAGUUUCUAGUCCAUGUAAGAGAAAAGAAGAUUCUUCACUUUUUAACUAUGAUGAAAUUCCUACUAUUGAACGUGGAGAGACACUUAUGGAUGAAGACAUACCACUAGCGCCAUCUACAGAUGGAGAAACUGAGAGAGAUGAGGGUGCAGCCACAGCCCAGGAUUCAAGAGCUGUUAGUACAGUCUCUAUACAAAGAGCUGAUAUACCAGUAAAAGCAAAGUCUGUAACAAUAGACACCAGAAUGAACAGAAUAAGCACAGAUAGAGCUGCAGAAAGCACCAUGCCAACAAUGCCCAACAGAGCACAGACAUUUGCAUUUGGAACUUUCUCUGCUUCCCCAAAAUCUAAACUUGGUAUAAAAGUUGACAAAGACCUAGCCAGAAAAAUGCAUGACCGUCAAGAAAGGCGGGAUGCCUUUGGAGAGAUAGAUAUCAAGCAGGCCUCUAGAACAGGCAAACUGUGCUCACCCUUCCAUGCACUGCUCACUCCAGAGUUGCAAAAGAUUGAGCUUCCACCUAAUUUCCCUACCUCCGCAGGUCUUCUAAGUCGCACAUACACUACAGACUCUCUCAACUCUGACGCUGGCUCAGAAAGGCAUCCUAGUGGUCAGUAUAACAAGAAAAAGAAACCAGAAAGGACUAAAAGUAAAAUUCAGAAACUCCCUGCAAUAUAGGAUGAAUUCAUAUCACAAUCUUGUCUAGUGCCACCAUGAGUAAGAGAGAAAAAUGCCAAACCCAGAGGCAUGUUGAUACAUGUACUUCACAGCUGAAAUGGGAUACCUGCUUCACAUUUGAAAUGUGACACAUGCUUCACAUUUAAGGUGUGGAACAUAUGUAUAACGAGGCAGAACCAGUGAUCUAUUUGGCCUUGAUGCUUAUAAGUUCUGGAAUCUCAAGAGACCUAAUUAGGUAAUUCCAAAGGAAAGUGUGUCUGAAAACCCACCUGUUAUGGCAUACACAGUUUCCAAAUUGUUUGGAUACAUUUCAGUGCUUGAAUGUAGUUGUAUGAAAGACCAGAGACCUUUGUUUGGAAGAAAGUCAGAUAUCAAAAUAGAAUUUUUUUCCAAAAUAAUUAUUUUAAUUUUUUAAUCAAAAUUUUUGUUACUUUUUUUAUUUCAUUUAAAAAUGAAUCAGCUUUCAGAGUGAACUUCAAUAAGGAAAAGAACAUUAUUCCACUUGAACUGUGAUAUGUAAAGUUUGUAUGUUUAUAAGGGCUGUCUAUCUUCUUUUUGAUAUUGAAUGUAAAUAUUUUUUUUAAAUUUGUGUCAAAGUGUAUGGAAUGCUGUGUAAAUAUUUUAGUGAAUUCGCAAAAAGCUAUGAAAAUUAUUAUUAAACUAAAGAUACAGUUAUUCUUUUUAUUUAAAUUAAAACCUUCCACUGAUUUAAAAGAGAUUGACAAAAUAUUUAUUUUCCUUAAAGUUUUUUCAACUUUUAUUUUUAAAUUAUGUGCCAUACUGACGCUGACAUAGUUACACAUGCUCUCAAAAUUUUGUAAAAUU